GUCGCAUCUCUCAGGCGGCUGAGUGCUCUCGUCACAACGAUGUCUGAAAUGUAGUCCCUCGAGGCCCAGCGCGAGAAACCGAACGUCUUCAUAACCCUCGCCACUACCGCCCUGCAGCGCCACCGAGUCGGAGAACCCUCCAAGUUGGAACGGCACAACGAUAACAUCCUCCGUAUUCUGCAACAUGUCACUGCUCUCAUCACAACUGGAACCCCAAGAAACAUCCCUAAACCGAAGAACGACCCCAAUGCGUCUUGUGUCGUCGUCGUCACUGCAAACGUUCGAAACGAUUCCAUCCGCACGCUUCUAGUUACCACAAAUAAGAGACUUGGAAUGUCUCCCGUGGAGACCAAAAUAGACUCAUUGGGAGGGAAGAGGGAAGGCGAGGAUGUUCUCAGCAAUUGGGAGAAACGAGACCUUGCCUCGCACUACGAUAAUGUCUUCGAUAUCCUCGAUUUUUUUCGUCGCAACCCAGCGACUAUAGCCCAGUCGCUCGAACGCUUUGAGAUUCGCUGUGCUCAGUUUCAUUGUUAUAUCGUGAACCACGCCUACUAUAAGAUCGCCGCGCGCAUUGACAAGGGCAGCCAGACCUGGGUAAAACAUCCUCUGGAUACGCUGGCCUCUUACAGUCUCCCGAACCUGCGUAGCCGUCUCUCCUUCCCCGAGACCUUCACCAUCCGCAAGGCACUCGCAGAACGCCUUCAAGGCGAAUACGGUAUUCACUCGUCCUCCUCACCACCAUCCGCUCGGGUCACAAGUGACAACGUUGGCCAGUGGAUUAAAGUCAUUACGGAAACCUUCGUCGACAUACGAACCAUUUUCUUCAACGACAGUAACAAGUGCAAACCGAAUAUUGGAGAAGACGACGUGAUGAAAGCCGUCGACGAUUUGGUCAUCUUUCGAGACUUAUUGCGGUGCAGGAUCGUGGAGUUUUUGCUGUCGGAUCAGCUCCUCGCAGAGGAAAUGAAUAGGAAACCUAGCGAUCUUGGUGACAAGGCUAAACAAGCUUCAUCUGCGGCGAUGGUCUCCGCAGAGCCUACGAAUGGAGAAGAGGAUGCUCGGAACAGCGACAGGGAGGGAGCCGAAGACGACGAAGACGACUUUGACGUCUUCGCCGGGGAUCUUGUGCCAGAGCCAUCUGAGAACCCCAUCAUCCGUUAUCUGAAGACGAUUGUUUCAUGGACUACAGCCGUCGACUCUCUUGCCCUCAAGCCUCCCCCGCUUCCGAUUCAAGCACAUAGUAUCGCUGUUCCACAUCCUACCAUUCCAAACCUCGACCAGUACAUUGCUGAAUUCGAGGCCACUCUUCUCGAGAACUCCGACUUACACGACUCCGAGAAAGAUACGGCGCGAGAUCUCUUGAGUCCGCGUAUCGCCGGUGUCCGUCCAAUUUUCAACCUGACUGAAAAGACCGUAUCGAAUGCGCCGAUACAUGCUGAGGCACUCCUAAUGGCCCUUUCUCGUUCGUUUUACUCCUCGGAAGCUGCGAAUGUCGCUCAAUCCGUGUU